GCGCUCAGAGGGACCAUACAUUGCAAUCGUUUCGGAAGGGUGGAGGCUCCGGCACGCUGCGUCGUCGGAUAUUCACAACGAGUUCUCGGGUGCCACCCACGCUCUACAGGCCGCCUGUAUUCCAAUAUUCCAAUGUAUUCUCAGAAGAGUGAACCUCGAGAGGGCAUUUAAUGCUAGUUGAUGCGCGUGCCAUUCUGUUGUAAGUGUCAGGGGCUACAUGCCUAUGUUUUUCCGGGGAUUCGCACAGUCGGCGUCUUCGUGCUGUAGUGGCAUGGCGAUUCCGUAGCCAUGAUGGCUUUGGCUGCGUCUCUGGAUGUGCUGCUUCCCCCUGCAGGGCGGUUCGCACGUCGUGGGGUUUCGUUCUCGCUGCGCCGCUCGUCGCCAUGGCGCGACCAUGUGAGCGCUCGGCAAUGGGGCACAUUGAUGAGGUGAUCAACGCGCUGCCUUGGUCGUGCGAGAACAAGCUCAGGCUGCGCGCUGACGUGGAACGCAUCUUGGAAGUGGCGCCCGCGUUGGCCUCUGGGGCGAAGAUGAUCGGAGGCACCGGGGGAACGGAGGCAGAGUUUUACCUGAGCGGAGUCUUGCGCAUCCAUUACCAAGGCGGCGUCUACCAUGUACCUGUCGGCGUGUCGUUCGGCUCGUUGUACCCAGGAGUUCCGCCGCGCUGUUUCGUGGCGCCAUCGGGGGCUAUGGGCUUGGUGCAGUUGCAUCCGGGCGUCGAUGCGGACGGCAGGAUCUCGGUGCCGCACCUGACGGGGUGGAGCGAGAAUUCGCGAAUCACGGAUUUGAUUGCCGGCAUGGCGACAGUUUUCUCGGAUAAUCUUCCAGUGUAUAUGAGGCGUCCGCAUGGUCCGGCUCUCGGCGACGCGCGCAAGCGGGUAUGGCGACCCCUGCGCUUCCCUCGGACAAGUCGCCUUCGCCCCAACGCUCUCUUUUGCGGCAGCCGCUGGGUGAGGGAAUCAGUCCUUGCUUCCCGCGGCCUGGCAUUGGCCAGGCAACGCCGCUGCCUUGCACACCGCCACCCAGAGCCAAUGUGAACCCGGGUUUGUCACUCUACAGGAUGCAUGUUCAAACAUAAUUUUUGUUUUACUAUGUUUCACUAUUCGCC